AUGAAUGCGGAACUUGACCAAGUUAAGGAACCCGAACAACAGCGGAUGCGGAUUCCCACGACCAUUCUGUACCCUGCACAAAGGAACGGCUCGGACGACAUCCCGGAUGUGGAGGGUUUGUUGUAUAAGAUAACAGAAGAUCUCGCACUGGGCGAGAUUUCCACAGUAAUAUCCAUCUCACACCACGUCCCAAGCAUGGCAGCAUCGCCGCGUGCGACUCACCAAAGUCCCCUUCAUAAGGCUUUGCGAACCGCGCUCACCUCUCUCCUGGAUCUCGCAUCUGUACCAUCCACACACACGGUCGAAGCACUUGUCACAGCUUUCCCGGAUGGAUAUUCAGUAUACAAGCCCCUGCUUCUUCUUCCGCACAAGGCCCUGUCUUCCGUACCAUGGCGAACUCUUGCAGCCAUCCAUCCAGCCGACUCCGACGAAAUGAAAGCAGUGUGGCGAGAAAUAGCGAUAUCAGUGGGCGCAACGCACGUCGCCAUCAAUGCGCCUAUACCGAUAUCCACAUCUUCAACAUUAACAUCAUCAUCCACCACGACAGGCGAAGAGAACAUACUGCGCAGCCCAACCAAUCUCACACCUCUAUACGGCAACUUCGGUCCUGCACCGACACUGCAAACCAUAACCUCACCAACAGCAACAGACUUCGCCGACGCCCUCUGGGUGACUGCGCGUCAGAACGGUAUUUGGCAGACCUGGGCGCCGCUCUACACGAUGUUCAGUCGUGGCAAUAUCAAUGAGAAAGCAAGGAUCUUGAAUCUCCCUUCGGUCAAUGUUCUCAACGUCGCAUCAACAGCCGUCGAUCUCUACGCUGGAAUCGGCUACUUCGCUUUCUCCUACAAAAAGAGUGGAGACAGACGGGAUACAGGAAUCAAGCAAGUCGCAUGUUGGGAGAUAAACCCGUGGAGUGUCGAAGGACUACGCAGAGGUGCGGAGAUGAAUGGAUGGACGUGCCAAGUACUCAAAGAUACAGAUAUAGCACGACUUUGUGAAAGUCCCUCGAGAGACGAUUCCUGUCUCGACCAAGCGGAUCUUCUCGUCUUCCAGACAAGCAACGAGAGUGCUGAGACGGACUUCACGUUACUUCCAUCGCCUAAGCCACCUGUUCAACACGUCAAUUUAGGUUUGCUGCCUUCGUCCAGGCUCUCCUGGGGUGUUGCGGUUGCGAUGCUUGACAAACAGUUUGGAGGAUGGAUCCAUGUGCAUGAGAAUGUGGGCGUCAAUGAUGUCGAAACAAGGCGGAAGGUUGUAGAACAGGAAUUCCAGAGUCUGGUGGACAAGAGGGACGCCGCAACGAGAAGGAAGGCGCUGGUGGAACAUGUGGAGAAAGUGAAGAUGUACGCACCUGGAGUUGUGCACUGUGUUUAUGAUGUUGUUAUUGGAGACGAUAUUUGA